CGGGAAGCAGAGGAAAUGGCGAAAUUGAAGCAGAGACUGGUUUCGCAGGUGUGGAAAAUUGGAAUAAUCUUUCAUUCGGUGAUAAUCGGAGUGACGAUGGGAAUGUCUCAGAACGUUUGUACCAUUAGGCCUCUCGUCGCCGCUUUGGCAUUUCAUCAAAUUUUCGAAGGAAUGGGUCUUGGUGGUUGCGUCGCUCAGGCUGGUUUUAGCUUUGGAACGACGGCCUACAUGUGCUUUAUGUUCUCAGUGACAACACCGAUGGGGAUUAUACUGGGGAUGGUGUUAUUCUCAGUGACAGGUUAUGAUGAUAGUAGUCCGAAAGCUUUGAUCAUGGAAGGCUUGUUAGGUUCAAUUUCUUCUGGGAUUCUGAUUUACAUGGCUCUGGUUGACCUAAUUGCAUUAGAUUUCUUUCACAGCAAGCUUAUGAACUCCAACCUGACGUUGAAGAAGGCUUCUUUUGUUGCCUUGACUCUUGGGUCUGCUGCCAUGUCAAUUCUAGCUUUAUGGGCUUGAACUUAACCCCUCUUUUUGUUUUCUUCUUUUUUUCUCUGAUAUAGAAUUUCUGUGCUGAAUAAAACCUAGGGUUUAUUAAUGUAAGAUGUAUAGUCACUUGCUUGUCCUCACUGGCCUUUGCUUAGAAUGUUGAGUGAGUAAUGGAAUGAACUGAUAAAUCAUCAAUGUUCAGUAUGCGUGUGCGCGUGAAAUCUUUUGGAAGGCAUUAACAA